AUGCGUUCUUUCGUAUUUUUGGCUGUUUUCGUCUCCUUGGGCCUGGCGGCUCGACCAUUCCUCAACGAACCUGACACUGGAAUCGAAAGUGCUCUUAAAAUUGUCAAUGGAUCGCUCCCGCCUUUGGACAGAGUGCUUGGGCUUCCGGACUUUGACUACGUUGCGAGAAACGUGAUGGAUCCGGCAGCCUACGCAUACGUUUGUCACGGCGCUGGUAGCGAAUCAUCUUACAGAAACAACCUGGAGGCGUAUAAUAGAUUUCGCUUCCGGCCUCGUGUGAUGGUGGACAUCACCAACAUUGACGCCAGUCUCAACACAUCGAUUCUAGGACAUGAGUUCGCUGUACCAUUUUUCAUCAGCCCCUUUGCCUCAGCUGGCCUUGCAAACCCGGCAGAGAAAAAGGGCUUGUGGAGGCAGCGGCGAAUCUUGGCAUCCCAAAGUUCAACUCUGUCCAUGGAGGAAAUAGGAGCAUUGAAAAGUGACAAACAGGUCAUAUGGCAACAGGUCUCGAUCUCGAAUCUUGACAAAGAGCCACCUCAAGAUUUAUUCAAGCAAAUCGAAAGAGAUGGUAUGCAAGCCAUUGUACUCACUGUUGAUUCAUCUGGAGACCGAACGGCCUAUCGUUCACGGAGAAGAUUGGAAGAUACCAGCAUCGGCCGAGAUCCCCGGUACACUUUCAUGACGUGGGAUUAUUACCAGGAGCUCCAGGCCAUGACAUCCCUUCCCAUUAUCCCCAAAGGAAUUCAAACUGCUGAGGACGCUCGAAAGGCCAUUGAAGUUGGUGCGCCGGCUAUAUUCCUCUCAAACCAUGGCGGUCGCGCUCUUGACGGCUCUCCUUCGCCACUAGAGAUUGCCUGGGAGAUCUAUCAGCGAGACCCCAGUGUUUUUGAAGAAAUUGAAGUGUAUGCUGACGGUGGCGUCCGAUACGGCACAGACUUGCUGAAACUCAUGAGUCUUGGUGUUAAAGCUGCUGGGUUAGGACGUCCCUUCAUGUACGCAAACCUCUAUGGCACUGCAGGGGUAUCUCGAGCCAUCUCUCUCCUCACUAAGGAAGUCACCAGCGCUGGAGCAAACCUUGGCUUGGCUGAUAUAAAAGAUAUCGAACCCUCUUUCCUGCAAAUAACAUCAACGGCAUGGAAUAGCUGA